GAUAUUUUUCCAGAAAGAGCUGAAAAGUUUCUCUCUUCUUUCAUUUUCUUCUCGAAUGAACUAGGGUUUUAUUUCAAUUGUUUCAUCGAUUUUUGCUUAAUAUCAACAUCAACAUGGUAUCAGAGAAGGGUUUUCGGUAGAUCUACGGCAGGGCUUUCGAUCGAUAUUACCCUUGUAAGAAGUUUUUCUGAUCUUCAGCGAAGGAAGAUUCUGCCUUGGUGACAAUUUUGUUGAACGAGGCCUCAUCUUCUUCAGGUUUAAGAAGAAGAACGGUAAUUUCUUUCCAUAUGACUCCUUCUAUGUAGCAUCGACUGGGGAUUAUGCUUGUGAUUGUCCGAUUUGUUUGAAUCUGGGUAUUAUCUUCGAAUAUUGAGUAUAAUCGUCUUCAUUAUAGUUUUCUCUACUAUGUCGAAUGCUCAGCAACGUAGUAACACUGUACCUUCGACCACAAAUAAUAGUUUCGAUGAAUUUACCCUAGACCCGUCGCAUCCUUAUUAUUUCAUCCAUCUGAGAACCUUAGCUCUCAACUUGUACCUAUAGUUUUUAAUGGGAACCGUUUUGCUAUAUGGAGAAAUAGUAUGAUUACUUCGUUGUCUGCCAAGAAUAAAUUAGGUAUGGUAAAUGGAAAAUUUCCCCAGCCUGAGUCAAACAACCCGUAUUUCCAAUUUUGGGAAAGAUGUGACCACAUGGUCAAGGCAUGGAUUACAAACUCUUUUGUUAGAGACAUAGCAAUUAGUGUAAUGUGUCUUCCUAGUGCUAGGGAGGUAUAGAAGGACAUAAAUGAUAGGUUCGGACAGUCUAAUGGUUCUAGAUACAUACACAUUUAGAAAGAGAUAAAUUCCACAGUCCAAGGGUCAUCUAGCAUAUCUGCAUAUUUCACUAAGAUGAGAAGCUUAUGGGAUGAGCUUAAUGCUUCAUAUGUUGGGCCUGUAUGUACAUGUGGAGCACUAAGCAAAUUCAUCCAAGAUCAACAGUUGUUCCAAUUCUUAAGUGGUCUCAAUGAGACAUAUAACACUGUGAGAAGCAAUACCUUGAUGACGGAACCCUUGCCUUCUAUCAGUAAAGUGUAUGGCCUUCUAUAGCAAGAUGAGAGCCAAAAAGAAACUCAACCUGGAUUAUCCAACUUUUCCAGUGAUUCAGUCUCUUUUCAUGCUUCCAUGUCCUCACCCUCAUCUAACAGCAAACCUUACAACCAAAAGGUCUCAUUUAAUCCAAACAAGAACUCAGCUGUGUCCAUAUCUUGUAGGUACUGUAAGAAACCUGGACACACUAUUGAGACCUAUUACAGACUCCAUGGUGGUUUGCUGCUUGUGUUCAAAUGAUGGAUGCUCAUUUCCAAAGUCCUGCAAAUGGUCCCAACAUUUCAAACAUCUUGUCUUCUCAAGAGGAAUCACCACAUGGUUUUAGUAAAGAGCAAUAUAAUCAUCUCAUGAGUCUAUUCCAGCAAGCACAAAUUUCUCCCAUGAAUCUGGACAUACUACUGCUGGUGAACCAUCAGGUUUUGCCAACUUUGCAGGGUCCUUCUCUGAAGAGGCCACUGGAAAUUGGUAAAUCUUCAAAUGGAUUAUACUACUAUGCUGCUGAUCAUCCUGCACUUCCUCCCAGUCAUAUUUCUGUUGCUGCAACCUUUAAUGAUUUUUCUGCUUCUUCAAUUAACAGUACUUUUCUUUCUUGGAAUUCUCCUCAAACUGAGCAUAAAUUGGAUUUGUUUUGGCACCAAAAAUUGGGCCACAUGCCUUAUCAUAAAAUAAAAAGUAUUCUUCUUACAUUCACAACUCUCUUUUAAACAAAAUUUCAUUUGUGAUGUUUGUCCCAAGGCAAGACAACAUAGAAGUUCUUUUCCUAAUAGUAGUAUCCCUACAACAUUGCCUUUUCAAUUAGUCCACAUAGAUAUUUGGGGUCCUUACCACACUAAGACAUAUAAUGGGUUUAGAUACUUUGUUACUUUAGUUGAUGAUUUCACUAGAGUCACAUGGACACACCUUCUAUCAUGCAAAGGCAAUGUUUUAUCCAUUCUUAAAACCUUUGUGGCCAUGGUCAAAGUUCAUUUCAACACUCAAGUUCAAUCCUUUAGAUCAGACAAUGCCUAUGAAUUAGGUAGUAGUUUCAAGGUUGCUUCUUUCUUUUCUGAAAAUGGCAUUCUUCACCAAACAACCAUUCCACAUACACCACAACAAAAUGGUGUUGUGGAAAGAAAAUACAAAUACCUCCUUGACACUUCUAAGGCUCUACUUUUUCAAUCAAACCUUUCUAUUAAGUAUUAGGGUGACUGUGUACUUACUGCUACUUAUCUCAUUAACAGACUCCCUUUCUCAGUUCUGAGUAAUAUUUCUCCAUAUGAAAAACUUCAUCAAGUACCCCCUUCUUAUGAUCACCUCAGAUCUUUUGGGUGCUUAUGUUAUGCUCAUUCUUCCUCCCUUGGGAAGGAUAAAUUCCAACCAAGAUCCUUAGCAUGUGUGUUUCUUGAAUACCCUUGUGGGAAGAAGGCAUACAAACUACUCAACCUUUCAGAACAUUCCAUUUUUUAUUCUAGAGAUUUCAUUUUCCAUGAAUAUAUCUUCCCUUACUCAUCUAAGCACAUACUGCAUCCCCCUUCAACACCUGUUUUACACAUACCUCCUCUCACUUAUUCAGUUCUUUCCAGUCCCUUUCCCCUUCUCCUAGCCCAGUCCCUCCUAUUCAGCUUGAUCUUUCUAUUCCUCCUACUACUAGGAGGUUCUUCCGUGUAUCACACACUCCUUCCUACCUAUCUGACUAUAUCUGCAGCUUUGUUUCCAAGGUCCCUCUUGUUGAACCCCCCAUGCAUAAACCUCAGACUUAUCAGCAGGUUGCUUGUCAUCCUGCUUGGAAAGAUGUCAUGCUUCAAGAAUUCAAGGCCCUUGAAGCCAAUCAUACUUAGGAUCUUGUCCCUUUGCCUCCUCACAAGAAACCCAUUUCUUGUAAAUGGGUAUACAAGAUUAAACACAAAUCUGAUGGUUCUUUUGAACGAUACAAAGCUAGAUUGGUUAUUCGAGGGGAUACUCAGAGGGAAGGUAUUGACUACAAUGAGACCUUUUCUCUUGUGGUCAAGUUCACUAAUAUUAAGGUUCUCCUCUCUAUUACUGUUAAAAGAAAUUAGACCGUGUAUCAACUUGAUGUUAACAAUGUUUUCUUACAUGGUGAUUUGGCUGAAGAGGUUUAUAUGAAACCUCCACUUGGUUUAACUUUGUCUACUUGCAUUCCCACUUCUGCUCCCUUGGUUUGUAGAUUGAGAAAAUCAUUCUAUGGUCUCAAACAGGCCUCUCGACAAUGGUUCUCUAAACUGUCAGAUGCUCUGUCUAUACGUGGUUAUUCCUCCAGUCGAAAUGAUUACUCUUUAUUCACCAAAUCUGCUGGGGAUUCUCUCACUGUACUAGCAGUUUAUGUUGAUGAUAUUCUCCUUGCUGGGGAUGAUGUAACUGAGCUGGAUGCUCUGAAAAUAUUUCUUGAUAAUCAAUUCAAGAUCAAAGAUCUUGGCUUAGUUCAUUAUUUUUUAGGUCUUGAGUUAACUUCUCAUCCUCAUUGUCACACCCCUUUUUUUGCACUAAAAAAAAUGGUUAUAAUUUAAUGUUCGAAAGGGUUUUAUUAUUUAAGUGACAAGAAAUAAAAAUUUGUUUUGGAAAA